UAAAGUGACUUAGAACAGUAUUUAGAAGGGCAUGUUAAGGAAAUACUUUUGUCAUUGAUUUAAUGUUUUUAUAAUAAAAUGUCCUCUAAUGCCAAAGAAAAACAUGUUUUACAUAUAUCUAAAGAAGGUUUCAACUGUCCAUCGAAUCACUGGGACUCUCUUUCCGUAUUUGUACGUAAAUAUUUUAAUUGAGCGAUAUUUUAGUAAUGUAGGCCGGCUCUUCCAGGCGUUCAUGUCAAUUAGAGGACUUUUAAAUGACAACAUCUCCAUCGAUCGAAGUCUUAGGUUCUCUCUAUCAUCACCCCUCGAAUGGCUACUUGACGAACCUUGGCUAGAAUUGCCAGAUGGUAGCAAAAUUAUAGGGGCAAUGGAUAUAAUGUAUCACUUCGAAAAACAGAUGACGUCAGCAGUCACAUCUAAUUGGGCCCAAUGCAUGGCGUAUUAUUCUCUACUAAAAGAAAGACUAGUUCCUGCAUUGGUAAGAAUUAUUAAAGUUAUUAAAUUUGAACUAUAUAAAGAAUUCUGGUUAAAUCCAGAAAAUUAUCUUAAUAGUACUUCUAAAGAAUAUUCGAGAGCUGUCGGCUUCCCUCUAAAUUUAGUUUAUUGCGGAAUGAAGAGGAAAAGAAUUUUAAAGAGCUUAACUUUUGAGUUAAAGAAAGGCGAAGAAGAGAUAAAACAAUCGGAUGAAGUUCUAAUAUUGGGUAGAGCGAAAGAGUUUCUUAACAUUCUGGAACGUAAGCUCAACGAUAAAGAAUACUUCUUCGGCGAUAAACCAAGUAGCUUGGAUGCAAUUGUUUACGGACAUUUAGCAAUGCUACAAAACGCUAAAUUGGUUAUAAUACCUUUGCUAAAUCAUCUUAAAUCUUGCCCAAGCCUUUUAGCUCAUUGUCAAAGAAUGGAAACUUUAGUUAAUGCAAAUAAAUUUACUAAAGUGGAUACAAAUGAAUCAAGGGAGAAGGCUGCAAUAGACAAAGAAUUCCCUAACCGUAUUCGGAAUAUAAUAUUAACUGCCGUCUUCGGAAUAAGCACCUUACUUUUAUAUACAAUAAGCACAGGGAUUAUACAGAUAAACGUGAAUCAAGAUGAUAUAUCCGAUAAUGAGACAGAAGAGGAGCAGCUUGAAGAUUAA